AUGGCGUACUGGCUCAUGAAGAAUUGGGCUGCAGAAGUACGUGAGGAGGUCUACGGUGAACCGAAGACAGAUAUAAUGGAUCUCACCACCGAGGACAUGCGCGAGCUCUCGACCAGGAAUGUGACAGGUACCAUCCUUGCUAAACUCGAAGUCAUGAACAAUGAAGACCUCUCUGUGUACAUGACGGACACAAACUUCAACAAGUUUGUAAAUGAGGUCGCGAGACUAAGACCGGGGUUCCCUCCUCAUCUCAUAAUGGACGUAUUCAAGUUGUGGGUCAGACUAAUCGGCGAUGGAACACUGACGGCCUAG